AUGGCUCCCACUCCGCUGCCUGAAGCUAGUGACAAGUACCGCAUCCUUCCGCGCAAAGUCGGAGAGGGUGCAUAUGGUGAAGUCUUUGAAGCCAUCGAGAAAGCCACGGGUGAGUCGGUGGUCAUCAAGACCAUCCGUCCAGAUAAGGCCAAUCCGGUCAAGCUGCGAUCGGAGAUCGAGAUGCUCAAGUUGCUCGCUGAUGGGCCGAACAUUGUCCAACUGCUGGACACGGUCCAGGACUCCAAGACUGGCGUCCAGAUGCUGGUCUUUGAGCUCGUCGACGCGCAGUACUACAAGGCUGCUUACGCCGUCAUGAACUACAACGACAUGCUGGUGUACAUGUACAAGACGCUACUUGCACUCGCGUACACGCACGACCGCGGCGUCAUCCAUCGUGACAUCAAAGGCGGCAACAUCCUCUUUGACGUCGAGGCACACAAGCUGCGCCUCAUUGACUGGGGCUUUGCUACCUUUCACUCGCCGCGCACAGUCCACCACGACUUUCCAGGCACUCGCUACUACAAGGCGCCCGAGCUGUUCCUCCGCCUCAAGUCGUACGACUACGCUUGUGACAUGUGGUCGCUCGGCUGCGUCCUCGGCAUGAUCCUCUUCCAGCGCAACCACUUUCUCAAGGCCAAGCACAACACAGACGAGGCCCAGAUGAUUGCCAUCGCCCGCGCCCUCGGCACAGACGACUACGCCACGUGGCUCAAAGCUGCCAAGCCCCCCAUGGCCGCUUACUUUCCCGUCUCUGCCCUCAAGGCCGCAAAGUGUCCCGCAGAGCGCCAGUCGCUGUGCGACCUCUUUGGCUCCGAAGACCACAACGGGCACCUAGUCCGUGACGACGCCGUAGACUUGCUCGAGGGCCUCCUCCGCUGGGAUCCUGCAGACCGCCUCACCGCCAGCCAAGCCCUUGCAUCACCCAUUUUUGCCCCGCUCCGCGCUCGCGACAACCUGGACACUUCGACCACCAACACCACCAACACAUCGCGCUCAGACUCAAACUCGUCUAUCAUCAGCCCGCAGUCGGUUGUGCCCAUGCCUAUCGAUUCCCUCGGCUCGUCGUCGUCGUACUCAUCUUCGGACUCGGUCUCCUCCACCAUCUCAGCCGGCGACGUCUCCUUCAAUCGCGAUGCCAUGGAGACUGACUCCAACUCGUACGCUUCGUUCACCUCGUCAUCAUAG